AUGAAUGCACUAGCUGCUCUUUCUACCAUCGUGUUACCAAAGGGUCGAGUUCUGGUUUGGAAAUAUGUAACCAAAUGUCUCCCGCUCGUCAGGGGUGACCCAGUCGCCUCCAUCUGCGUGUCGUGUGGCAAAGACGAAUCCUCCAAGCAUUUGUUCUUUCAAUGCAAGGAGACCACGCUGCCAGUGAAGAUACUGAAAGAGGUUACUGCUGCCAACAUUCCACCACCAGUUUGGGACAUCACCCUCCUCAACCUCAAACAAACUCCAAUGACUACCAACUUGGUCGCUGCAACACUCGAACGAAUAUGGUUCCGACGUAAUGAUCUACGUCACCAAAGAGAUGAACCAUUCACUGAAUAA